CAAACUACAUUACAUGUUUUAGACGUAAAUUCUGGUGGCGAGUCACCCGUGGGGCAGUCUGGUGCUGAGGAACCGGAGUUCAGCAAUCAGAAGGAGUUUGGAUACGUUGAUUUUGCGUCGCGUAAAGAUCGCGUGAAAACUUUCAAGAUACAUGUAAGUGCCAAAAUUACUAAUGUCGACACAACAGUAUACCGAAGCGCAAUCUGGAACUACAUCCACGCUCUGUUUGGUAUUCGACACGAUGACUACGACUAUGCUAAGGUAAACACCUUAUUGUCUCGUGAAAUGAAGACAUUCGUGAAGAUGGCGGCAUGUUACCCUCAUCGGAUCACAGAAGAUGCUCGAGCUUCCGUCAUGAAAGACUUCAAAAUGUCUGAGAAGAUCCACGUCAUGUUGCUUAUCAUGGAAGCACGUUUACAAGCGUCGAUGUUGUACUUCACUCGAGGUCUCACUAAUCACUACUCUCGUGUGAAGAAACCCAAUCAGCCAAAGCGUCUGGACUGA